AUGUUGAGCUCUUUCGAGGAGCCAGAAAAGGACAUUGUCAACAUCUAUCAGCCUCAAUGUUCUCAGGAAUACCACGUUAAGCCCACGAGCGAUGGCUUUCUGCGCACGCCUGAGCUCGGGAGAUCGGGCUGGGAGGCACGAAACAUGUACAAGCUCUCCGGUAUGGAAAAGUCCGGAGAGGAUUUUGUCAAUCGCCAACUAGCCGUUUAUCACUGCUUUGAUUUCUCUACCGGCCGUUCUGUUUUUGUAACUCUCAAGGCUAACCACAAGAAAAUUCUCGACCAAAUCACCGAAAUUAACAAAAAUGCGGUCCCUCAUUCGCUGGCCUCUUCCUUUGUCACCUCCUUAGAAACGCAGCUGGCCAGUUUCUAUUGGAGUGAAGCAGGCUGGAAAGCAUUCACAAAUAAGCUGGAGAAUGGUAUCCAUGAAAUCUCUCAGAGAAUACGUAAUAUUCCAAUGUCGGGUGAUGAUGAGAAAAAUGGCCUUCUAUUGUUGCGGUCGCAGACAUUUAGAGAAUCACAAGGGCUAGUCGCCAGUCCAGGGACAGUCGCCAGUUCAGGGACUCAGGCCCAAUCACCACACCGUCAAUCUUCUUUCAAUCUGAUCAAGGCAAAACUAUCGGGCAAUGUCAAGAAUGGGGGCCCUGUGACAGGCCCUUCUAAUGGCGAAAAGAUUGCAGAGAAGCUAGAAAAGCUCGUUCAAAGUACCAUGGAGCGAACGAUCGAGAAAGUGAGGAAAUUGCAAGACUUCCCAUUUGACGAUCUGCAAAGGCUCAACUCGAUCUGUAAGAAACUCAAGGAAGCGAAGUUCAUCAUGGGAUCGAAUGCCAGGGUUCUGAAACAGACUCGCCAGUUUUAUCAACGGUUGUUUGAAGAUCCAGGCUUUCCUGCUGAAAUAAAAAGGUCCUGCCCCAAUGAUCUGGAGAGCUUCAAAAUAAGAGUCGAGCAGCUGGAGAACAAAUUAGUGACAGGAUGUUCACGAAUUGAUGCUUUGAUUGAAGUCGCUGCCGACGCCCAAAUCCUUUAUGAUUCCAUUCUGCAACUUAAGAGCGCAGAAACAAAUAAUCUCUUUGCCAUGGAUGCUCUCAGCGCUUCUGUGCGAAUGGAAGGGUCGACCAAGCGGAUGGAAGAGAUGACAAGAAGCAUGAAUAAGAUUGCCGAAAGCACGGAGAAGGACACGGGCUCUAUGCAUUUCAUGACCUUUUUCGCCCUCAUCUUCCUCCCCGGCACAUUUCUUGGCAGCUUCUUCAGUACGCCGAUCUUUGGGGAUUCCGAGGAGGGGAGCCCACGGUCCUGGACCUUCCACAAGGAUCUUUUCGAGGUUUUCAUAAUCAUUUGUGUGGUUAUGAUGGUCAUCACUGUAAGCUUAUGGACAUGGUAUCUGUGUGCACAAAAAUCACGCAGAAAACAGCUCCAGGAGUACCAUGGAGCUGCCUCGAGCCCAGUGUAG